AUGUUAUUUGAGAAGAAAGUGAAGAUGGUGGGAGAGUGUGGCAUUGACUCGAUCAAAACGAAAAUUGACAUCAACCUUCAAACUCAAGUUUUUGAACGACAAAUUUGCCUUGCAGAAAAAUAUCAAAUACCUCUACUGGUACACUGUGUCGGGGAAAUGAAUGCACUCAUUUCUCUUCGAAAGAAACAUAACACCAAUUUCUGGAUAUAUCACGGAUUCCACGGCUCCGAAGUCGAAGCCAAAAAGUUACUUGAAAUGAACAUCUACACAUCUUUUGGCUCAGCCCUUCUUAAUAAAAAGAAUAUGAAAAUAACAAAGAGUCUUGCGUUCUCUUUUGCUCAUGAAAAUUUGUUACUUGAAACUGAUAAUGAUGAAACACACUCUUGUGAAAUUUCUGAAAUUUAUACCGAAGCUGCAAGGAGGCUUGGGGUCGAUGUUAUAAAAGUAAUAGAAAUCGUUUUGAAAAGUCUAAAACGACUGAACGUUUUGUAA